AUGUCUGAAAUCAUUUAUCAGAGAUUUUUAGUGACAUUCAGAGACUUUUUCAAAGAAAUUGAGGGAUUAUCAGAGAAUUCUUCAAAAGUCAUUUCCAAAUGUCUAAAAGUCUUUGAAAGUCGAGAAUUUAGUGAUAUUUCUGAAGUAUUUACCGUGAUAUUGUCAACGUUCGUGUUGUCCAAGGGUGAUAUUUCAUUUGUGCAUUUUUGUCGCACGACAAAUUUUUCAAGCCUGUUGAUUGACUAUAGGAUAGAGAGAUCUGAGGAUCUCUCUGUUCUGUACUGUUUGUUGUACGACAAAAAACGUAUAAAUGAAGUAGCACUCCAACGUUUGAUAUCGGGCAACGCAGUCGACAAAUCUCCCUGGGCAGUUGAGACAGAUUCAGCGAAUGUCAUCUGUGCACUUAACACCGGAAACAACACCUUCACUAAUGCUGAGAUUUACACCUUCAUCGGUAUGAUCAUCAUCUGCUCCUUUGCCAUACAGAAUGCCAAUUUCAAACGAACAAGUACAAUUGAUGUUUUAAACGACCCAUUAAUGCAGAUUAGCAUAAAAAUCAAUGUUUUAGGAGCUAUCUCUAAGUUGGUUAUUAUUGUUAACUUCGUUCAACUGUCUACCUAAAUCGACAACAUCUUUCCAUUUGUGAGCUUUUUUAUCGCAAUAUUUCCAUUUAUGGAUGUUCAUCUCGUCAAACGUAACAUUAAAAA